GUCAUUCGCGUCAAGUCGUUGCACUUUGAUCCUGGUGCCUUCAAGCAGGAAGGCAAGGAAUAUUCUUUGGUUUGCUGUGCGAGGAACAGGUGCCUUCUUCUGAGAAUCUAGUUUUAAAGAAGAGAGCGAUGACAGCGGAGCAGAGCUGACAUUGACGGGUUGGACUGGAGUGAUUCCUGCUCAUCUCAACUUUUGGAUUUUUAACUCGGUGACAGACGUCUUUUGAAAAUGUUUGGACAGUCGAGACCUUUCUCUUAUUCCCCAGGGGGUUUCUCACAGGAGGACGUCCAUCUGCAGAGGCGGCCUUACCCACAAGAUGACCUCAGGGAAGCUCCGCUGCAGAGAAACGGCAUGUUCAGACCCAGUGGGAAAUCAAUAUACAUGCAGAGAAAGGAGUACUCCGAAACGCUGAACAAACAGUCAGACAGCUUUCACGUCAGAGUGGAGCACCUGUUCACCUGUGAGCUGGAUGGCCAGGAGCUGAAGACGGUGGAUGACUGCUUGGCCAAGCUCAAGAGGCUAGAUGCCAAAGGUCGUCUGUGGCCCCAGGACAUGAUCAUGGAGGUUCAGAGAGGAUAUGUUGUCCUCAGUGACAUUGAGACAAAGGCAGAGCUGGAGUUGCUGCCUGUGAGCGGCAUCCUUAAGGUCUCAGCUGUGCUCGAUAGCUGCGCCUACGACUCUCUGCUGACGGUAUCUGUGCAGGAACGCAACAAGCGCUUUCCUCAGGUCUUCAUGUUCCAGUGUGAGGAGACCGGGGCGGAGAUCAUCAAAUCUGAUCUGGAUAAGGUGGUCCAAAAUGAAGGUGGGGGUAUGGAACCACGCAGAGAGCAGUCUGACAUGAGGAUUAAUCUUGAGAACAUUGUUGGGCUAAAACCUCUGGGAAGUUUCCGGCAGCCUGCCCCUCACCCUGUGCAGCAAGAGAGACCCCCACCAUUGCCAGACCACCCGCCCCCACAGUGGAGAGAACCAGGACAUCUGACGCCUCCACGGGUCUACACCCCUGAUCUGAGGACGCUCCAUCCUGAUCCUCGUGAAUUGCAGAGCAGCCCUGAGCCCCCUCUUCUAUUUGAACAAACAGAGGCACAGAGGAACACGGAAAUUUUAAACCAUGUUCUAGAAGAUAUGGAGAUCUUCAUGUCCAAAGUUGCUGCCGCGGUUAACGCACCUUCUCUGGAAGGGGACAAGAGCAGUAAGAAAAAAGGGUUGAAGAAGAAAAAGUCCAAGAAAAAUGCUCUGCCACCCAUAGAGGAGUAUGUCUCCUGUCUUCAGAAAAUCAAAUAUGGAUUCAAUCUGCUGGGCCAGCUGGAGGGGGUACUGAACAGCCCCACUGCUCCCGACUAUAUCCACAUCUUCUUCUCUAGUUUGGGGAUGUUAUUGCCUCGGUAUCCUGCAGAUGUGCCUCCCACUGUGGUAUCUCCCCUGCUGACAGUGGCGACCUUGCGGCUGCUCAGCCAGGUUGUCGACCCAGAGGAGGACAACCUGUGGCGGUCUCUAGGAGACAGCUGGAACGUCCCCAGGUCUCGAUGGCCAGAUGAAGUUCCACCUUACAUCCCAGAGUUUUACAAUGGCUGGCAGCCACCUGCUGUCAGGGACAUGCCUUCCCCGCCUCCUUUUGGAAAUGGUCCAAUUAGCAGGAACAACAGUCAGCGCUUCCCACCUGGCCAACGGCAACCUGAAGCGCCUAUGAACAAUGGUCCAUGGGGUUCAUCAGCAUCACCAAUGCAACCGAGAGAGCCACCUCUGAACAUGCGCGUCAUGUACGACUUUAUGGCCAGGAACAACCGAGAGCUGAGCGUAAUGAAGGGUGAAGUGGUUCAGGUGAUUCAAAAAUCCAAACAAUGGUGGCUUGUUCGCAACACCCGUGGCCAGGAGGGUAACGUUCCUCAGAAUGUUCUGGAGCCAGUGAGUAGCAACGGGCCCAUGGAAGACGCACCGUGGGACAGUCGGGGUUCAAUUAGUCUGGACAUGAGCUCCACAGCAGCACAAGUCAAAGCCUGGCUGGAAUACAAAGGUUUCUCCAGAAUCACUGUGAACAGCCUCGGGGUGCUGACUGGUAAACUGCUUCUGGGGAUGACCAAGGAUGAGAUAAGGACUGUGUGUCCAGAAGAGGGAGGAAAGGUCUUCUUCCAGCUUCAGGCCAUUAAGUCAACCAUUGCACUCGCAGGUGAACCUUCAAAUCUGUACAAUGGUCGCUACUAACGACCCGUUCCAUCACUUCCUAUUCUGCUGGAUUUCCACAGAUCAACAUCUGGAAUUACUGAUAUCUGAUUAAUUCUUAAAGUUAAUCGAUCAUUUUGUGCAGAUGUCUAUGCUCAGCAAUUAAGGUCCUGUCCACACGUACCGUGGUAUAUUUCAAAACAAAACCUCUUAUUAUUCAUCUUAGCGUUUCGUACACACAUGAACUGUGAUAAGGUGACUGGUAGGUUGUUUUGGAAAACUCCUUCCAGGGUGGGGAUAGUCAGAAACUUGAUUUUUGGUGUUUACAUCUGGACAGGCAGAAACUGAGAUGACAAUGUUUGUAGCAUUAUUGGCAAAGUGAAUUGGAGUGUUGUGAUAUUGUAUUUGAGUUUGUAUGUUGGAAUGGAUGUUGUAUUUAACUUUUAAAAAAAAAAAAAAAGACACAGACAUUGAAAAUACAUUAAUGGAAAAGAGACAAAAAUGGCUGCUUACAAUGUUUUGCUGACAAAGUUAUCCAAGACGAUUCUGUGAAAAGCUGUCACGUUUUCCCGCUUCUGUCAGUGUAUUUUUAUGGAACCAGGCAACCGACCAGAGUGUACCAUCUGCUUCCUGUUUUCAACAGAAUGCAUAUGCCCACUGCACGUAAAUGACCAUGACGUGUGCAUUGUCAUUUUCUGUUAGACUGGACAGAGAUAAUUCCUGAAAUGGAUAGAAUGUUUUUAAAACCCUGUUUCCAAAAAAUACUUGUGUACGUGUGGACUAGGCCAUAGGCAAAGUUUAAAACAAAUAAAAAAUGAAAAAAUUGUGAUUUGUAAGUUACUAAA